AUGUUCUGGGGGCCUUGGGGGCCACUCUGCGAUCCUCUGCGGCCAGCGCGGUUUUUGGAAGCCCUCUCGGCCGGGAGGCCUGCGGAGGACCUCCGAAGAGCCGGGCCACCGGCGCGCCACGACCACGGCCUCCCUCGGCGGUGGAGGGGGGCGGCAGAGGCGGGUCGCGCCAGCGAGGCACGACACGGCGCCCGGGCCGCCUGCUCGACUGCGGUCACCAGCCUCACGGUGCGCCGCAGUGCCGGCGUUCGCUGGAGCUUUUUGUUCGAGGUGCUGGCCAAGGGGACUAAUGCGUUCUGCGGCGUGAGGGACCUGCCUCGAGGUUCUGCAGCAUGCGUGAUGUGCUUGCCGCAUGAGUGGUGA